UGUAAAUUGUGUGGAACACGUAUAGACAUGCUAAACAAGCUUUUCUGUUCUAUACACACAUGAAACCAUUUUCUGUCCCUAUAUAUAUUAUAUAGUAUAUAUGACAAAGUGACCACCAAGGCUUUAAAAUCUCAUUUUUAAGCAGUUGCAGAAAAACAUAGACAACCACAAAUGGCAGAAUCAAAAGAUAACGAGAAAAUAUUGAGAGGAAGAUGGAGUCUCAAAGGCACCACUGCCCUUGUUACUGGUGGCUCCAAAGGCAUAGGGUAUGCAAUAGUGGAAGAAUUGGCAAGUUUUGGAGCAACAGUAUAUACAUGUUCACGUAAUGAAAAGGAGCUGCAAGAAUGCCUUGAGAUUUGGAGAAAAAAGGGACUUAAAGUUGAAGGUUCUGUUUCUGACUUAUUAUUGCGCACUGAACGUGAGAAGCUUAUGCAGACUGUUGGACAUGUUUUUAGUGGAAAGCUCAAUAUUUUGGUAAAUAAUGCAGGAGUAUCAAUAUUUAAGGAAACUAAAGAUUUCACAGCAGAAGAUUACAACAUCAUAAUGGGAACUAAUUUUGAAGCAGCUUAUCAUUUAUGUCAAAUUGCUCAUCCCUUAUUGAAGGCAUCUGAAAAUGGCAAUGUUAUUUUUGUCUCUUCAAUCGCUAGCUUUUCAGCUCUGCCUUCUCUGUCUCUUUAUUCUGCCUCCAAAGUUAUUAUCUCAGCAUGAUUCGAAGAAGUAGCAACAAUGGACUGCUUUGUAGAUCGCCAUGAUAUAGCAGUACCUCCGCAUGUAAACAGAUAGCCUGUUUGAGAUCGAGCUUUAUGUGGAUCAAAUAAAUAACCUGUAUCUGUAUAACCAACAAGAUUUGUACUACCUUUGUUAGUAUAAAACAGACGCAUAUCGUUAGUUCCCUUCAGAUAUCGCAAUAUAUGCUUAACUCCGUUCAAUAUCUUAGUGGGCAGCCGUGUUCUCAUAAGUAGUGGUCUUGCUAUCAAUUGUAGUCAUUUAAUGAACGAUUCAGCAAGAACAUUUUGGGUAUGAACAUGAGCUACAGGAUAUUCAACUUUUAUCCCAUCUGAUAAACAGUAAGCAUCAAAAGAUUAAGACGUAAAUUAUCCAGCAUUAUCGAGGCGUAUAGCCUUAAUGGGAUAAUCCGAAAACUAUGCCCUUAAGCGUAUUAUUUGUGCCAAUAAUUUCGCAAACGCCAGGUUGCGAGAUGAUAGGAGGCACGCAUGAGACCAUCUUGAAGAUGCGUUUAUUAGGACCAUAAAAUAUCUGAAUGACCCACAAGGUGGAUGAAUAGGUCCACAUAUAUCCCCAUGUAUACGCUCUAUAAAGGCAGGGGAUUCAAUGUCAACUUUCAUUGGAUAUGGCUUAGCUAUCAAUUUAUCCUGAUAAUAAGCGACACAUGAAAAUUCACCACUUUCAAGAAUCUUCAGGUUCUUAAGUGGAUGCCCUUUUGAAUUUUCAAUAAUUCGUCUCAUCAUUAUUGAUCCAGGGUGACCUAUUCGGUCAUGCCAAAACACAAAAGUACUUGAAUCAUUAAACUUCUGGUUUACGAUCAAGUGUGCUUCAAUUGUACUAAUUUCUGCAUAAUACAGGUCAGAAGACAGAGUUGGUAAUUUCUCUAAAACAUAUUUUUGGACGGAGACAUUCUUUGUAAUGACAAGAUAUUCAGCAUUUAUUUCGUUUAAUAUCUCAACGUGAUACCCAUUACGGCGGAUAUCGUUGAAACUUAACAAGUUUCUUAGGGAUUUAGAAGAGAAUAAUGCAUCUUCUAUAGCAAGUUUCGGCCCCCUAAACAGAAAUAUAGUAGCUCUUCCGGAGCCUUCAAUCAAAUUGGAAUUGCCAGAAAUUGUAUUAAUAUUUCUCCUUUUCCUACGCAAGUGAGAAAAAUAUUUCUCAUCUUUGAAUAAGGCAUGCGUUGUUUCAUUAUCAAUCACACAAAUAUCUUCAUGAUUGCUCAUUGAUCCAAAUAAUAUUUGAGGAUUUUCUAUAUAUUCCUCAAAAUGAAAGAAUAGACAAAGUAAACAUUGGAGUAGAUAAUAUUAUUAAACAAAGCAUGACACAAACUUUAUUUACAUAACUAUAUUAGCUAAUACAAAUAACAUAGAUGAAAAUAUCUAAGUUAUUAUAGAUCCAUCACCGAUCAUAUGAUUUAUUUUUUCCUUAAGGGUGUUCAAAGAAAUCUUCCACAUCUAGAUGUAUGAGCUCAACUUUAUCUUCAGAGAUGAAAUUUGCUUUGGCAUUCUUUUCUGCCUUUUUGAGAAAGGCUUGAUACAACUCAACUAGAUGCUUUGGCGUACGAUAGGUACGUGACCAGUGCCCCUUUCCU